AUGGCGUCGCUCAGGUCCUCAGCUUUCCAAUCGGUGCUCCGGAGUAGAUCCUCUCUGAUGCAUACACCGCAAAGACGAUGGGCGCAGGUACACGAUGUGCGCUUCCUCGCGACGCACCACAACCCCAACCAGGUUCUGGAUAGAUACAAAUCCAAGCUGGACCAGAAGGCGAAAGAAGCAGGCCACGACUCAGUCAAUUCUCUGAAAGAAGCCUACAAGGAUAAGAUCAACGACCUCCGCCGCGACGCUGCCACACCACUCACCCCGGAGCCAACAACACCCCCUUCAUCCCCCAAGCCUUCCUCAACGGUGCAGACUCCUCCCACACCACCUCCAUCCCCUCAGCCUAUCUCCACCGCUGCCGCAGCUGCCGCAGGCUCAUCCCCAGGCAUCAAACCGCUCGACUCCUACCUCGACGUCGCCAAAGUCCGCGCCCUACCCCCCAAGGAAAUCGAAGCCCUCUGGCGCCUGCGCCACGCCAACAACCCCAACUCCAUCUGCGCCAGCAUCCCCCUAGAUAUCUACCAGCGCAUCGCCGCCGCCGCCCGCCAAAACCCCCAGUUCAUCCUCCCCCUGCCCCGCGCACACACCGAGCAAGCCCCCGCCGCCGACGACGCCCCCGACAACGCCACCGGCGCAGACAUCCAUUUCCUGCAGUGGGCGUUCCACCCGCCCGCGUCCGCGCCGCCCUCCACCGUUCCCUCCGGCCCGUCGGCCAACACCCACACCUCCACCGUCAUCUUCACCCAGUUGGCCGCGUAUAAGCUGCACGGCGCGUUUGCGCAGCCGCAUACCACGAUCACGCACCACCUGGACCUGGCGGAUGAGAAGGGCCUGGUGCUCAUGCAUGGCCAGGUGAUGCCGGAUUCGGGCAUCUCGACCACCGAGGCGAGUUGGUUGGUGAGCUGUCUGCAGCGGUUUUAUGAUUUCGGGGUCCAGGCAAGUGGGCGCAAGGGGGAGCUGGUGCGGAUGUUUACGCGGGGUGAUGUGGAGGGGUUCAAGAUGGAGGAGUUGAUGGAGGAGGCGGAGAAGUUGUAG